AUGACCGACAGCGCAGACCGUUCACUACCUUCAUGGGCAUCUCCAGAAAUUUCAGAAACCAAUGAAGAGGCAUUGAAAGCCCUUCAAACAUACAAGAAGAAGGAUGCGGAUAAAGUUAUCGUUCGUUUCAAAGCGGUUGGAAAUGCCCCAAUAAUGAAACAAAACUUUUUCAAAAUUACAGCUUCGAACCGAUUCCAAGCUGUGAUUCAGUUUCUACGAAAGGAAUUAGGAUAUAAGGGCUCGGAACCUCUACACACAUAUAUCAAUCUCGCAUUCUCGCCUGCACCAGACGAUACUGUUGCGAAUUUGUUCAAAUCUUUUCAGACGGAUAAUCAUCUCAUUGUGAAUUAUAGCACAACAGCCGCUUGGGGUUAA